UGGCCGAACUGUACCUUGUCCUACAAAUUGUGAUUUACAUUCAUUAUUGAGACUUAGUCCCGCGCAACGGGCCAGUGAAAAUGCACACGGCAUUUUAGUUGUUUUUCUUCUCACUGUUUGAUAAACAUGGCGGCAAUGAAACCGCGUGCAAAAUAACACGCGAGUGUUCGAUUUUUAAACUCAUGUUUUUUUAAUUGUUAGUGGCCUGUGGGUUUAGUGCGAGUGUAGUGCUGUGCAAAUAGAAAAAAGAAUUUAAAUUGAUAUAAAAUAAUAUAAAAAAAAAUUGUGAAGUGAUCAUGAAAAAUAUUUAAUUAUAAAAAAUAUUUAAAAUAAUAUUAGUACAGUGCCAUGGCUUCCGAAGAGAAAUCGAUAAAAACACAUUUGGACGAUGUGCUGGGAAAGUUUACGAUGUUUGGACCCUACCAUGGGCAGUUGAUGUUGUUUAUAGGCCUGGCCUAUGCCUCUAACUCAGCUUAUAGUUCUAAUUAUGUGUUCGCGGUAGAAGAAGUCGCAUAUAGGUGUAAAGAUGAAACUUUCGCAGACAAUAUGUGUGGUACUAUCAAUGGGACGUCGUGUAACGAAUGGGUGUAUGACAAACCUGAGAGUUUUGUGGCUGACUUUCAGCUCGCCUGCCAGGAUUGGAAGAGGACCCUAGUGGGAACGGUCCACAGCUUAGCUUAUAUGGUUGGGCUACUUUUUGUUGGCCCUUUAUCAGAUAGAAUAGGAAGAAAAGCCUUGAUAAUAGCGACAGGCGUAUUGGGUGGAGUCCUGGGUAUCGCCAGGAGUUUUGUCACCUCUUAUUGGCUGUAUAUAGUUUUGGAGUUUCUGGAGUCAGCCAUUGGAGACAUAUGCUCACCAGCUUAUAUACUGAACAUAGAGAUAAUAGCAACUACCAAACGUGUCCCCUACUACAUGCUAUGCUCCAUUGGAUACAGCAUAGGCGGAAUAUUAAAAGCCCUCGUAGCUUGGAUGGUUCCUGACUGGAGAAACUUCCUACGAGUCCUAUACGCUCCAGCAUUACUCUUCUUCUCAUAUAUAUAUUUGAUAGAUGAAAGUCCAAGAUGGCUCCUAAUAAAGGGCAAGAAGAAAGAAGCAGUAGCUAUUGUAGAGAAAAUGGCAAAAAAGAAUGAUAUUACAUUAGACCAGAAGGUGCUAGAUAAUCUAGUAAGCGAUACUAAAGAAGAAGAGAAUGUAGAAUUUGGAACUGUGUUGAAGAGUACGUUUACUUCUGGGGCCUUGUUUAAGAGGUUCCUAGUCUGUGUUAUAUGGUGGACGACUUCUACGUUUGUGAAUUAUGGUAUGACCAUAACAUCUGUGUCUUUGCAAGGGAACAUAUAUUUGAACUUUGCCUUAGUGUCUAUGACUGAUGUCCCUGGAAGUUUUAUAGCAAUGUAUGUGCUGAUGAAGUAUAAAAGGAAGAUACCGUUGAUUGUUAGCUUCUUGUUGGCUGGUGUAUUUUGUGUUGGACAACCGUUCUUGCCUACAAAUUAUGAAUGGCUGUCAAUAACAACGUUCUUGGUCAGUAAGUUGAUGGUGACUCUGUACUUCGGCAUCACCUACAUGUAUACGUCGGAAUUAUUCCCUACAUAUACGCGGAACUCCAUGCAUGCACUAUGCUCAUCUUUGGGUAGAGUGGGUUCUAUAGUAGCACCUCAGACACCACUUUUGACCAUGUACUGGCAUGGACUCCCAUCACUAGUAUUUGGAAUCUCAUCGCUUGUAGCAGGGUUUGCAACGUUCCUCGUUCCUGACAUCGCCAAUGAUGCAUUACCUGAUACUGUGAAGGAAGCUGAGGCGAUAGGCCAUAAAGACAAACCGGUGCUACCUAGUGACACAACAUCGAAACUAAAUCAUGACGUAGUAAAUAAAAGUUUUGACUGGAAGGAGUAGAUGUAUAGGUGAAUGUGAAAUGAAGUUAUGUAUUAAAUUGUGUUUGCUUGUUCGCACGUUUAUACAACGAAUUGACACGAAUUUAAUAGAAGUCUAUAAGAUAAUAACUAAGCAAUUAUUUAAUAAAGACGUAAAUGUAAUAAAUAAGUUAUGGACAAAAUAUAUCUAGUAAAGCAUAAUGAUGAUAUUAUAAUAUUGUAUUUAUUAGUGAAUUUAAGAUACAGUUGGCCUAAACUAAGGUUUUAAUACAACUUUUUUAAGCGUUUUAUGGACCAUCUGGUAAAUGCAUCUGAAAUUUUUAUUUGAAA